AUGGCUCUCGUACACCCUCUCGUGCAGCGCCUGCUGGUGGCCGAGGCGGCGGGUCACGCCCCGCAGGGUGCACUGGCCGGCGCACUGGAUUGCUGCACCCUGCCGCCGGGCAGCGGCAGCGCCGACGGUGACGCCGCCUCGCUGCGUGCGCUGUUGCUUGCGCACCCAGACCCCCCGACGGUCCUGGCAGCGGCGGCCAAUGCCAGCGGCCACCCUUGCGCCAUGGGCAUGCUGCUGGCGCAGCUGCUGGGCGGCAGCAUCGUGCACAGCUCGGAGCUCCUGGCGGCGCUGCCACCUGCCGGCUGGGCUGCCGCCGUGGCGGGCCUGCAUGCCGCCGCCAGCAGCGGCACGCUGCCCCCGGCAGCCCGUGGAGCAGCGCGGCAGGCCUGUGGCACCGUGGUGAAAAUGCUAGUGACCUGCGGCGGCGGGGCGGAGCAGCUCCAGCAGCAGCCCACGCCCCAGCUGCAGCAGCAGCAGCAGCGGGCGGAGCGCUGCCUGCAAGAGCUGCGCCAGGCCUGGUCCGGCAUCAGCCACGGAGGGGACGACGGCAGUGGCAGCAGUGCUGACGGCGCGGCGCUGCUGGCGGCGGCGGUGGAGGUGGUGGAGGCGGAGGUCUUCCCAAGGCAGCGGGCCCGCAGCUGGCUGACGGCCGAGCUGGGGCGGGUGCUGCAGCUGGCGCCAGGCGAUGACGGCCUGCAGCUCCGCCACCAGGCAGCAGCAGGUGCAGAGGGCGACGGCAGCGGCGGCGCGCCGUGGCGUGCCGCCAUGGCCGCCUUUGCUGCUGCCCUGCCGGCGGAGGUGCUUGUGGAUCAGGUGCAGGCCGCGGUGGCCCAGGGCGUGCUGCACACGCGCCGCGCCGCCGCCGCGCUGGCAUCGGCGGCCGCCACCGAGACUGCUGCCGCCACACGCAUCGAGCUUUGGGUGCAGCAGGCGACGGGCGCCUCGCUGGCGGCGCACGCGGGCAGUGCGCUGAGCGGCCUGCUGGCGCUGAUGCGCGAGCUGCUGCCGCAGUGGGUGCCCAGCCAGCAGCAGCCACUGCCGGGCCCGGAGCAGCGCUACGCUUCCUGGUUUGGAGGCACCCUGCUGGCCCCGCAGCACCAGGCGCACCUGCAGUUUCUGGUGCAGCAGGUGCUGGUCCCCAUGCUGCCAGAGGACGGACCCUGCUGGGUGCAGGCGCAGGCUGACGCGCUGGCCUCCCUGCUGCGCCGCGCCCGCCAGCAGCACGCGCCGCUGCCGCCCAGCGCCCAGCAGGCGGCUGAGGAGUACUUAGGCAUGGCGCAGCAGCGGCUCAAGGCUGCGGCGCAGGAGCGGGAGGAGGAGCAGCGGGGAGGCGGGGACGGCGGGGCGGGCGCGGCGCCGGGCCGCGCCGGCGGGCAGGGCGGCGGCGGCUCUCCCGGCACCGCCGACUCCAACCUGCACAAGGGGCGGGAGAUUGUGAAGGGGCUGCUCAAGGAGUUCGAGCUGGGCGGCGGCCAGCUGAAGGUAGCCACUCUGGCCGCCAUGCAGGCCAACGCGGCCAGCAUGUUCACCAGGGGAGCGCUGCACGGCAUGAUGGUCCCCGCUCUGCUGGAGCCCUGCGGGGAUGCGGCGGCCGCCGCGCAGCGUGCGGCGCUCAUGCAGGCGCGUGCCCCAGCGCCGCUGCGCCGGCCGCCGCCGGCUGCUUACCUGCAUGGGGAGCUGACCAGGCGCGGCGACACACACAUCAGGCAGCACUUCUGCCCAGAGGCGGUGCAGCGGUACCACCGGCAGUGCUUGCGGGCCCAGCUGGACGGAGCCACCCUGCAGCAGCUGGCCGACAGAGCCCCCCACCUGCUGCUGGCGCCCGGCAGCGGCGGCGGCGCCGGCGCCGACGGCAUCACCGGCCACCAGCUUCUGGACCGCAUGGCUCGCCUAGUGCGGGAGCACUUGCAGGCGUGGCAGCAGCAGCACCAGCGCCCAGACCAUCAGCAGCAGCAGCAGGGGUUAGCUAUCGGGCUCAGCAGUGGGCCAGGUGGGAGCGGCCCAGGCGCCGCCUCCAGCCCCGAGCAGCUGGCACGGGUGCUGGUGAGCACCUGGACGGCCGCCUACUGCGCCAGCCUCGGCGGCAGCAGCGGUGGCGGCCCAUCGGUGGUGGCGGUGGCGGCGCACGUGCUGAGCAUCGCGCACCGGGAGCCGGCGCUGCAUGGGCCGCUGCUGGGCCGCCUGCGGCACGUGCUGCUGCAGGGCGGGGAGCCGGCAGGAGCAGCAGGGGGGCAGCAGCAGCAGCAGGAGGAGGAGGAGGAGGAGGAGGGGGCUGGGCGGGGCGGCCGGGAGCUGGAGGCAGCUGCCUUGCUGGCCACAGUGGCUGGGGCGCUUGUGCACCCGCACCCGCACCCGCACCACCAGCAGCAGCAGCAGCAGCAGCAGCCAAGCGGGGCCGCCGCCGCCACCGCCGCCGCCGCCGCCGCCGCGCCCACCCUCCAGCCGCUGUUUCUGUGGCGCUGGCAGCAGCAGCCUGGGCGGGGAGGCGGCGGCCAGGGCGGCGGCGGGGCUGUGCCGGGCGAGGUGCCGGGCCCCGCCUGGCUGCAACAGCUGCUGGAAGGCCUGCCCCUGCGCAGCGCAGCGGGCAUGGCGCGUGCAGGCCAAUUUGCGGCGGCCCACCUGAGCUGCCUGCGCCACUUCCAGCAGUACUGCCUACUGCCAGCCGCCACUGGCAGCACCCAGGGUGGCACCAGCACCGCACUGCUGCUUCGCUGGCGCCGGCCGGCGGCGGCCGCGCCCUGCAGCGAGGCAUACGGCGGCCAGCUGGCGGCCAGCCUGGUGUUCCCGGCCUGCCCUGCCGCGCUGCACCUGCAGCGCUGGCUGCUGCUGCGCCUGUCUGUGGCCCGGCAGCUGCUCUGCGGCUGCGGCUGCGGCGGCGGCGCCGCGGCAGCGGCUGGGGGCGAGGGCAGGGCGGCCAAGCGGCCGCGGCCCGAGCCUGGCGCGGUGGAGCAGGCGCUGCAGGCCUGCCUCGCCUGCCUGCAGUCCGAGACGGGCAAGCUGCCGCUCGUGGAGUUCCUCCGCCUCGAGGCCGGCGCCGCCGGCGCCGCCAGCGACCUGCUGCCGCCCGGCGCCGCCGACCCCGCCUUCCGCCUGUGCUGCGCGCUGUACCUGGGCAGCCCCGCCGCGCCAGCUGACGCCAGCAGCGGCGGCGGCGCGCCUCACGUGCCGCACCUGCCAACGCCGCCGCCCCUGGACACACUGAUCCAGCCGUUGGCAGCGGGGCCCGCGCACGGCACGGCGGGAGGGCCGGCGUGCCGGUCGGGAGCUGCCGCCGGCGGCACCGAUGCGGAGAUUGUCAUACCAGACAGCGAAGAGGAGGAGGAGGAGGCGGAGGCGAUGGAAGUCGCAGAGGCGCCAGCUGCCAAUGGCUUGGGGGCCUGCGGUGCCGCGGCAGGCGGCCCUGCCGCCACCCUGGACAGCCUCGCGGUGGCGGUGGCAGUGCUGCUGGUGUGGCCGGGGGCUGAGCAGGCGGCCGCGGCGGCGGCGGUGUGCCAGAAGGCUUGCGCCCAUGCGCUGCGCCUGCUGACCGCGCCCCAGCAAACCGCACCCAGCAGCGCCAGCCUGCAGAAGCUGCUUCCGGCGCUGCUCACGUGGGAGCAGCAGCAGGAGGCAGUGGCGGCGGUGGCGGCGGCGGUGCGCUCGGGGCUGGCGGAGCCUGGCGCCGCCGCCGGGCCCACGCCUCGCGCCCUGCUGCAGCGCCUGGAGGCAGCGGUGGCGAAUGGGUGA